AUGUUUACACAGUUGAAAAUCAAUCUUCCGUUCAUCGAGGCACUUCAGUCUAUGCCUAAGUAUGCGAAAUUUCUCAAAGAUCUUCUGAAGCGUAAGGAGAGAAUCGGUGAGCUUUCGAAUAUUCCGUUGACAGGGGGUUGUUCCGCGGUAGUCUUGAAUAAGCUACCAGAGAAAUUGACCGACCUUGGCACUUUCACGAUUCCAUGUUUCUUCGGGGGAGCCGUUACCCCUGCUCACGCCUUAGCCGAUUUAGGGGCCAGCAUCAAUCUGAUGCCAUUUUCAUUGUAUGAGCGACUUGGUCUAGGAGAGCUUACACCCACGCGCAUGUCAUUGUCCUUGGCUGACCGAUCAGUCAAGUAUCCUCAUGGGAUAGUAGAGAAUUUGUUGGUGAAGGUUGAUAGGUUCGUAUUCCCAGUGGAUUUCGUUGUGCUCGACAUGGAGGCCGAUGAGAGAGUUCCCAUUAUUCUGGGCCGUCCAUUCCUUCGAACCGCAAAGGCGAUCAUCGACGUCUUUGAUGGUAAGAUUUCUCUUCGUGCGGGUGACGAGAUUGUCACAUUCGAGAUUGAUAGAGCGAUGCAGCAUCCUAGCGGUCGUGAUGAUGAUAGUGGGCCGUGUCAUUCCGUUUACUUUCUCAAUUCAUUCAUAUCUUGUGUCGACACAUGUCUUGAGUACAUCAGUGGAGCGGAUUUAGUAGGCGAGGGAGUUGUUGACGAGCAUUCUGAGGAUGAGGUUGAAGAAGUAGAGGAGGAGCAGUUGGAUGAGAGAGAUGAGUUGAGGGUUCCUGAGCCGUUAGAGCUCGAUGCGAUUAGUGAUGAGAGUACUCCUGUAGAGAUCCCACCGCCUUUAGAACUUAAGGUUCUUCCAUCACAUCUCGGGUACGCAUUUCUAGGAGAGAAGCCGAAUAUGCCUGUCAUCAUAUCUUUGAAGUUGACAGAGGAGGAGAAAGUGAAGUUGAUUGAGGAACUUAGAGAGCACAGUGAUGCGAUUGCCUGGAGGCUAUCCGAUAUCAAGGGCAUCAGCCCUACUUUUUGCACGCAUCGCAUUCUGAUGGAGGAUGUUUUCAAGCCUGUAGUGUAG